AUGGAACCUGAUAUGGUAAAAAUAAGACUAGAUGAUAGAUCAACUAGAAAUAGAGAAGCCGCAUUAAGAUUUUGUGUAUUAUACGAUGAUAAACAACCAGAUGAAGGCAUAUACGUCAAGAAGAGAAGAUUCUGGGAACUGGGCGGAGUUCUCAGAAUCGAGAAAGAUUCAAUAAACGCAACUUUUGAGAGAAGUGGGAUGACGGCAACGAUAUCAAAUAUCAAAAUUAACAACGCUAAGGAUAUGAGAAUUAGCUGUGUUAUGAAUCAUGAUGAAACAGCUUUACAUCAUGAUUCAUAA